GCGGCCGUUAGCGGCCGUUGGCGCCGCUGCCGCCAUGUUGGUGCUCUUCGAGACCGCCGCUGGCUACGCCAUCUUCAAGGUUCUAAAUGAGAAGAAGCUUCAAGAAGUCGACAGUUUAUGGAAAGAAUUUGAAACUCCUGAGAAAGCAAACAAAAUUGUAAAGCUGAAACACUUUGAAAAGUUUCAGGACACAACGGAAGCACUUGCUGCAUCUACAGCACUUGUAGAAGGCAAGCUCAGCAAGAACUUGAAGAAAAUUCUUAAGAAGAUAGUGGCAAAAGAUGCCCAUGAACAGCUGGCUGUAGCAGAUGCCAAACUUGGAGGUGUCAUAAAAGAUAAGCUGAAUUUGAGCUGUAUUCACAGCCCAAUGGUUACAGAGCUGAUGAGGGGAAUUCGUUCGCAGAUUGAAGGGCUUAUCACAGGCCUCCCUUCUCGGGAGAUGGCAGCUAUGUGUCUGGGCCUAGCACACAGCCUUUCCCGAUACAAGUUGAAAUUCAGCCCAGACAAAGUAGACACCAUGAUUGUCCAGGCAAUCUCCCUUCUUGAUGACCUGGACAAAGAACUGAAUAACUACAUCAUGCGCUGUAGGGAAUGGUAYGGUUGGCACUUUCCUGAACUUGGCAAAAUCAUCACAGAUAACCUAACAUACUGUAAAUGCGUGCGGAAAGUUGGAGACAGAAGAAAUUUUGCUUCUUCUGAUGUUUCUGAUAUCCUCUCGGAGGAGAUAGAAGAGGAUGUGAAGGCAGCUGCAGAGAUUUCCAUGGGGACAGAAGUAUCAGAAGAAGACAUAAACAACAUAAUUCACCUCUGUGACCAGGUGAUUGAAAUCUCGGAGUAUCGGACACAGCUGUAUGACUACCUGAAGAAUAGGAUGAUGGCCAUUGCUCCCAACCUCACUGUCAUGGUGGGUGAACUGGUUGGAGCAAGGCUCAUUGCUCAUGCAGGUUCCCUCCUGAAUCUAGCUAAGCAUCCAGCUUCGACAGUGCAGAUAUUGGGUGCUGAGAAGGCCCUCUUCAGAGCACUGAAGACCAAGCGGGAUACACCCAAGUUUGGCCUUAUCUAUCAUGCUUCCCUAGUGGGACAAACUACUGCAAAAAAUAAAGGAAAGAUCUCUCGAAUGCUGGCAGCUAAAACUGCCUUGACUAUUCGUUAUGAUGCCCUUGGAGAUGAUACCAGUGCUGAAAUGGGAGCUGAGAACAGAUUAAAAGUAGAGACAAGACUGAGGCAUUUGGAAGAGAGAGGGAUAAGGAGAAUAAGUGGCACUGGAAAAGCCUUGGCCAGGGCAGACAAGUAUCAAAAUAAGAGUGAAGUUAAGAUAUACGAUCCCUCUGGGGACUCUACGCUUCCUACUGUUCCAAAGAAACGCAAAAUUCAAGAGGUGGAAGACCAGGACGCCGGGGUUGUUGUGAAAGCAAAGAAGCUCAAAACAGAGACUAAAGAAGAGACGAAUGUAGAAGAGAGUGAACCUGUCAAAAAGAAGAAAAAGAAAAAGGAGAAGAAGAGGCAAGCAGAGGCUGAAGAUGAGGGAGCCCUGAAUGAGGAAGCAGCCACCAGCCCUACAGUUGAGAACGCAGAGAAAAAGAAGAAGAAAAAGAAGAAAGUGAAAGAGGAGGAUGAAGACUGAGGAGCUGAGGGAGACAGCCCUAUGGACAGCUGCUUCAGAGUAGUGGUUUUUAAGUAAUUUCUAUAACCUUUUGCUAAAAACUGUAAGUUCCCUAUGUUGGAAGAGGGCAAGGAGGUGGAUUUGGCAGAUAUCUUCUACCCUAGAAUGGAAUAUUUCAGUGGCUCUGCUACUUAAGAGGAUUGCUGGUGUUUUUUUGCAGUUCCUUUUAUUAAGCUCACCAUAGAUCCUCUUUUCAUAUGCAGUCUCCACUGAUAAACAAUAAAAACAGUUUUAUGGA